UAGAAAACCACAAAAAUAAAUAUAUUUAUAUUCACUUCGACAGCAUUAUUAUUAUUGUUAAUUACGUUACAUUUACUCGUUUGCGAUCGUUGACAGAACAUAGUUAUUAAAGAUUUUAAAAAAAAGAAAAAUUACAAACUGUAAUUUUAUAUUUUAUAAAUUUGUUUACGUGUUUUUUUUUCAGAAAAAACGAUAAAUGAGUGAUGUGGGUGAAAGACCGAAGCAAGGAAAACCGCUGCGAAAGCAGAGGUCUAUUUAUCAGGUUCACUACGGCCUCCGACCUCAGAAUGACGAAAUGAUGGCCAAGCCUAUCGCCAUGCCCAGCACACCUCUGCAGGUGCACGCCUACGACCAGCAAGUCGCCGGGCACAAGAAUGAAAACACUGAUAAGCGGUAUAUAGGAUUACUCCAAUGCAAUAAUGGUAGAAUACUGAAACCUAUUCUGAAAGACUCGCAGAAGCGUGAAGUAGAUUUCUAUUCUCGCGUGUGGUCUUCAAACGACCCUGAUCUGAUAGAAUUGAGAAAGUUCAUUCCUAAGUACUAUGGUUGUAAGAAGUUCACGUACAACGGUUACGAGCAGGAGUACAUCAUGUUGGAGGACUUGACGGAGCGGAUGCUGGAACCGUGCAUCAUGGAUAUCAAGAUUGGUAGAAGAACAUGGGACCCCCUGGCCACGGAAGAAAAGAUAAAGAACGAGGAAAGCAAGUACAAGCAGUGUAAAGAAGAGUACGGAUUCUGUAUCCCCGGCUACCACGUGUACAAGCUGGGCAGCGGGCAACUGCUGAAAUAUAACAAGGAUUACGGCAAGCGCCUGCAUGGACCCGCCGUCAUCGCUGCGAUCCGCAACUUCCUGAACAGCGCGGGCGGCGUGGUGUGCCGCGCCCUGCUGCUGCAGCUGCUGGCGGCGCUGUGGGCGGUGCGGCGCUGGGCGGCGCGCGCGCGCCCGCUGGCGCUCGUGGCCGCCUCGCUGCUGCUCGUGUACGACGCCGCGCGCCUGCGGGCCUGCUGCGCGGGCGGCGAGGGGGGCGCAUCUCGUAAUCAAUGUCGCCCCCCGACGGUCCCGCGGCGGCGCUCCAUACACUCGCUACACAGCCCUAUAACGGGCUCCAACUUCAGUGGACAAAUAUCGUCAAAUGGCCCCGUCUUCAGGAAAGUGAGCAGCGUCCCGGUCGCUCCCUUGACCCUAGCCCAGGAAACCUUUGGUUCUCCUCCCUCCCUAAAAUCUCCCUGGGCUGCGGCUCUAGAAAAGCUGAAUCACAACCAUUCCUUCGACCAUAAUUAUGAUGACAAGUUGUCUAAGAUCAAAAUGAACUAUAGAGCGGUCUUAGACCAGUUGGCGAGCGAUUCCCCGUCUCCUAAUCCCUGGGGGACAGUCAAAAUCAUAGACUUCGCUCAUGCUUUCUUUAAUGAUGAUCAGGAAGCGAAGGUUGACACUAAUUUUAGAGAUGGUAUCGAUAGUUUGGUCGAAAUAUUCGAAUCUUUGUUAAAGGAAACCGAUGAUCAGGUGUUCUAAAUAAAAGAUUGGAAGAAAAGAGGAGAUUUGUCCUAAUUAUCGAUCAAACUAUUUCAAAGUGAUACCUCUAUAGUCUCUCUCUUAUAUCUUAUUGGAUACCCGAAUGUGUAUCGAUAAUUUGUUUUUUAGAAAAGUAUUAUUAAUACUUGUGUUAAAUUUCAAAAUACCCACUUCUUGUACCUAUUUUAUUCAAAUGACUGUUAUUUAAUCAUCCGGUUGAAAUGUCACAAUCCGUAUGUCUUAUAUCCUAUACAUUCUAUAAUUUUCUUAGCUAUAUUUAUUAUUUAUACAAAGUACAUGAACACCAACAAUUAGCUCAUGAUUUCUUUGGCUUAUCUACUGUGCCAAAUUUUUCUGUUCAGUACCUUCUGUUCAAUAAUCAAAUAAAAAUAUACAAGCUCUUCUAAUA